AUGGCAGAUUGGCACGACCCAUCAUGCCGCCGCCUAGACGUCUUCACCAGCAGCGGCAUCUCCAGCUGCCUCAGCUGCGGCUCCGUCCAACUCGACCUCGAACCAACAACGCCAGAAACACAUGACGGAAACACAACAGACACCGCCGUCUACAAACCCCUAGAAUCCCAAACAGACAUCCGCCUCCUCACCCUGGGACCAGGCGACUUCGCCGACCCCAUCAGAUGCACCCUCGCCCUCAGCAGCACCUCCAGCAUGACAGACUACGACGCAAUCUCCUACACCUGGGCAAGUGAGGACGGCGCCAUGGCCUGGACGCAGCGCAUCACCCUCGACGGCCGCGCCUUCCCCGUCACAGCCAACUGCGAGACGGCGCUGCGGCGCGUCCGGAGCCGUGGCGCGCAGAGGGUCGUCUGGAUCGACGCCGUCUGCAUGAACCAGCAGGACGUCGAGGAGAGGGGCCACCAGGUGCGCCUGAUGCCGCAGAUCUACUCCCGCGCGCAGCGCGUCCUGGUCUAUGUCGGGGAACCCGUUCCUGAAGAGGAGGCGCUCUUUCGCUUCUUGGAUGAUCCGGACUUGGUCCACGACUGGGAAGGGAGCCGGGCGUUGCCCCGGCUGGCGCUUCAGCAGGCGUUGGAGACGCUGCUCACACGGCGGUACUUCUCGCGGGCCUGGAACCUUCAAGAGGUGGUGCUGGCCAGGCGGGCGACGUUGAUCUGCGGGAGGUACGAGUUGCCUUGGUCUCAGCUCCAGAUCCCCUCGCUGGCGGAUCGGGGCUUGCUCAUCAACACCAAGGAGAAGCCGCGGCUGCUGAACGUACUGCAGCUGCCGUCGGUUCUCCAGUUUCGAGCGCCGGCGUACAGGGACUCGAGUGACCUGCUCCGACUCCUGGACCUGGCGCGUAAUAGCCAUGCGUCGGAUCCCAGAGACAAGCUGUUUGCCGAUAAUGGGCUGAUAUCUUGCGCGCAGAGCGAUGGCAUCAUGGCGGACUAUACGAUGUCUCCUAGGGAGGCGUAUAUGUAG